AUGGCGGCCAUACUUCCCGUCGAAAUUAUGCUCAGCAUAGCUGCGUAUCUCGACUGUCAAGCACAAUUCGCCCUUCUACGCGCGAUCCCAUCCCUUGCAAGUCAAUUCUCGUACGGACAUCUCUUGGCCGACGCCGACAAUGGCAACAACUUGGUGCAUAUACUAGCACAGAAUGGGGAGGAAAUCUUGCUGAAAUCGCUAUUCCCAGAUAAAGAUCUGGAAUCAAGUCUCGUAUCCGGCAACAUCAUUCCUCGGCUAAGGCAGAUGCUUCUCACACGCUCCGUAAACAACCAUGGUGCUACGCCCCUUCACCUGGCAGCAUCAAAUGGGCAUUUAGGCAUUGUCGACUGGAUCUCGAAGAGACCGGACUUGGAUCUGAACCGGCAGGACAAAUCCGGAUGUACGUGUGUGGAACGGGCAGCGAAGGCGGGACACGCUGAAGUUGUCAAUCUGCUCCUGGACAAUCCGAAGAUGACGGUUGACUGGAACUCCAACCAAAGGUCAAACCCCCUUUGUCUUGCGGCCGAGUACGGCCACGAAGCUACGGCGAGGGUGAUACUCGAGCGUCAUGGACACAGAAUUAGCGUCAAUUCUCAAGCCUCAUAUGGCAUCACACCUCUCACCUUUUCGGUGCUUCGCGGCCACAUGGCCAUCACCGACCUGUUGAUUCAGCAGAAAGGAGUAAACGUCAAUGCGGAGGAUCAUUUGGGCAACAGCACGUUGCACAUGGCAGUCAGAAGCAAGAAUCACGCCGCCAUGAAGUCCAUCCUGGCACACCCCAAUGUCAAUCCCAACGUAAGAGACUGGUACGGACACACUCCCUUACAGGAGGCUGUAUGUAUCGCGGAUAAGACGACAGUCGAGCUCCUCCUCGAGCAUUCAACAACAGACGUCAAUCUGGGCAACUGCAAGCAAACGACUCCUCUCAUCAAAGCAGUACAAGAAAACCACGACUGGGCGGUCGAAUCUCUACUGCGACGGCAUGACAUUGAGCCCGAUAAGAAGGAUUAUUGGGGAAUGACUGCUCUCUCAUGGGCCGCAUUCUUGGGGCGCAAGAAGAUGGCAGCAAGGCUACUUGAACGACAAGAGGUUGAUCCUAAUGCAAGAGACGAGGACGGCUUGACGCCCCUCUCCCUCUCCAUGCAAAUGGGAUGGCCGGACGUGGCCGAGCUUCUUGUCAAACACCCCGAGGUUGAUGUUAACGUGGAGGACAAUUAUGGCUGGACGGCUCUCGCCCAUGCCAAAAAUGCCCCAAGAAGCAAGUCGGUUCCUUUGAUGAGGCUUCUAACCCAGCACGGAGCAACCAUGACGUUUCACGCAGAGAUGAUUGUCAUGUACAACGCAUUGGUCGAUUCUGAUAUUGCCGUAAGCUUGGUGGAGUCCAUAGUCGCGAGCCACAACAUCGAGGCAUAUAUGAUGGAGCGUUUUGGGCGAGAAAAGACGGAGCUGGCCAUGCUUGAUGGCGAACGAGGCGUGCGAUCACUGCUCUUCCGGGAUACUAGGGCGGCGAGGAUGAGAAGAGAUGGGAUAGAGGGGAUGCUUUGCCUGGAAGGUUAG